GGAGUUAGUGAAUGCCCUUGUUGGAGGCGGCCAGCCGCCGCCAAUUGGGUUGUCUUCUCCCUUUCCUCAGAGGCCGCCGCUGGAUCUGACUGUGGGGAAUGUCCGUGUGAGAGGCAGCAGGUCAGAGGCAGGCAGACCAUUUGAAAUGACGUAGUACGCGUGCCUAUAUCACCUUGGAACGUCACGGUUUUACGUGUGGCGUAAUUGCGCACUGGUUCUGUCGCCUUGGUUUCCUGGAAACGUGGAGAAGAAUGGCGGCCUUGGCUUCGUCAGUGGCAGUGGUGGCAUCGACUCCUUCGAAACAUCGUAAUAAGAAAAGACCGACAAGUCCGGGAAACAGCGGGGGUGCAGCAGCAAAGAAAAAGAAAAUAGGGCAGAAUAUUAUAUUGGAUACCACUGGUGAGAAUAAAAGUCUGGCUACAGAUUCUAGUCCAGGACAUGGAGAGCUUGCUGUAAAACCUUUGAUAUUUAAGGAUCCAAAUUUUAUUCAUUCUGGUGUCGGUGGUGCAGGUGCUGGGAAGAAGAGUCGUAUUUGGAAAAAUCUAAAACAAAUUCUUGCUACGGAGAGGAUGUUACCAUGGAAACUGAAUGAUCCUAACUAUUCCAGCAUUGAUGCUCUUCCUUCCUUUAAACCGGCCAAAAAAUAUUCUGAUAUAUCAGGACUUCCUAUACGUGGAGAGUGGCUACUGAACAGAGUCACAGGAGACAGGCCAAUUAUACAGACCCACAAAGCAAGCUACGAUUUAGCAGCAGAGAGGAGUUUUCAUAUAUCCGCAUGCUUCCUUCAGACAUUGUGACUGGUUAUUUGGCUUUAAGGAAAGCAACAAGCAUAGUACCAUGAAUUAGGACACAAUUGUUAGUCUGAAAACAAAUUUUCUGUUGCGCAAAGCAACGCAUGGUGACUUAAGACAUUUAGGAGUUCCUGUGCAUCUCAACAGAAAUUUCCAGCAACUGCAGUUUUGGCGACAAAAAUUUUAAGUCAAUAGUUCAUGGGAAAUGUAAAAACACUGCAAUAUAAAAAUAGUUCCAUGUGGAAACUUCAGGGUAUACAGAAAAUGUAUGCAUAGAUAAUAUAUUGUAAAACUGCACUUGUAUUUUUUCCAAAGUAUGCUGCAUCUUGAACUCCUACCACAGGCUCUGCCUGUGGGAGGACCUAUAGUAUGUUGUGAUUGACUUUUGCAAUGGUAAAAAUCCUAAUGUUGAGUUUUGCCCUCCAGCCCAAGUUGGGGUAAAGCCCAGGAGUUUGUCUGCCCUUAUUAGACUUUCUGGACCAAAAUGAAAUCUUUCCCGAAGUAGGCAAUGUAAUACAAAUAGCUGGAAUAGUAGACUGGGCAUCCACAAUAACAGGCCUAUUUCUGAAAAGUCUCUUCACAGAAUGCAGAAGAGGCCCUUCGGCCCAUCAAGUCUGCAUCGACACGUGAGAAACACCUGACCUACCUACCUAAUCCCAUUUACCAGCACUUGGCCCAUUGUCUGUUGUUUGUUUCUUUACCUAAUCUGUCAACAUUCUGGACAAUUGCAUCUUUAAUCUCCACCAAGCAAUUACAGAGAGCUACUCGCUUCCACUCCCCUAUGAGCAUUUCUUCAGAAUUGUUGGAAACCAAAUCCACCCCCAAACUUCUGGUACUCUUCAUUACCAUCUUCUCCCUUUUGACCACUAUGCAAGAGACAGACUCCAACAUGGUAUGUUCCCUCAGUUUCAUGUGUACUUACAAAGAGCAAGUACUGGUUUAGGAGCACUGCGUUGGCAGGCUGCAUUUUUGGAUGCUGGGAAUUUCAUUGUAAUACAUCUACAUAUUAUAAUCUCAGCUCACUCAAAUCAUCCCCCCCCCCCCCAUACUGGAUCAUCCGAGUACAUCAGUGGGAAAACACGCCAGUGCAGAACACGUCUUGACAAGUGUGACGUGAAAAGCACUGCCACACACACACUUCUCCUUCCAGAAUCACUGGUGAUGUGGCUGCGUGCAGCUGAACUGCAAGUGGGGGGGCAUGGGGAUGUAGCACGAGGACUCACGAAGCCUGUCAAGCUGAAAGACAACAUUACAUGUUAUUCAGUGAAAGUGAAUAUAUUUUCAGAUUAUGAAGUGACAAAAUGUGUCCACCCAUGCAACCACGGUCCACAUCCUCACCAGUCAACGCAAUGGCAUGCUCCUCAAAGAGAGUGAGGGCCACUCCACACCCGGUCUGGGACCUCUGCUGCUUUGAGCUGGCUUCACCUGAAUGAAAGAUGGAGAGAGUGUGAGCAGAACACGUGGCACUGUGUGGAAUGUUUGGUGAGCAGAGACAUGGACAGGAUGAGAUUGCAAGCUCAAGAGGAUAUAAGCCUGAUCGAGAUGUGAGGGUGUGUGAGAGAGUUAGUUGUGGUGUCCCUUGAGGUGUGAGAUCCCUGUGGAUGUGUGAUGGGUUUGUGAGUUGAGAGUGAUGAGAACAGUGACUUCCAUGACUGAACAGAUGAGACCAUUCAUCCUCUUGUGGCACUGGAGAGCUGUCUUCUUUUGCAGGGCAAUGACGCUGACUACUGCUGCCACCGCCUCCUAUGCUGGAUGGGUGACCUUGCUUGCUGGUCUGCACCCAGAGCAGGGCAGAGGGCAUCACAGCGGGUCUCCAUGGUAUCCAAAAGACGCUCAAGGGAUGUGUCAUUAAACCGAGGGACUGCAGUCUUCUUGCCUUUUGGGGCCAUGUUUUCUUUGCAGCAGUCCUGGGCUGCAAACGCAGAGGUGUGCUCAUGGCUGCACUUUAAACAUGAGGAAACGGUGAGUUGAUGGCGUGGAGGGUGAAUGAGAGCCCGCCUGCCAUCGAAACAGCACGUUUCCCAGGAGUGCAUGAUUAAUGAGGUGGGAUUCGGGCGAUACACCUUGAAAAGCCGCUAUUGCAACUGGAGGGAAAACAUUCCAUUUCCCACCCACUACUGCACUUAAUGCUAAUCUGGGAUGAUUCUGUCCACAGUCUAAUUUGCAGGGCAAUUAUCCCUUUUUAAGAAGUGCAUAAUUUAAGGAAAUCCAUGAUUUCCAAUCUCUUCCUGUAGGCUAUCUUUGACAGCUACCUUAAAUUAUUUUUCUUCCAUUCUUCAAUGUUGUAUAACAAAAAUAUUUUACCCAACAUUGUGCAGCUGUGUAUGUUUUGGCUUAUUGGCCAAAAAUGAACAUUUUCAAUGAAUUUCUAAUUACUGGCAUUUGAUGUAUGUCAGAUCCAGGUUUUGUUGCAUUACUUACCUUCACUGUUUCUCCACCACUUCUUUCCUGAAGGUUAUAACCUGUUCUCCAAUGUAAUCUACAAGAAGAAAUGGUCCUCUGGUGGCCACUCUUCAUACAUGAGCUUAGACAGCUGUGUAUCUGUUGCCCAUUUGAAUGAUCCCCCCCCCCCCCCAGUCCCUGCAUUCAAGUAUUAGCCUGAUAUUCACACAUUCACUUCCAGUAAUGGAUACUGGAUAGCAAAAUGAAGUAGUAGGAACUGUCAGUUUUUUUUCACCGUGGGCUAUUGAGUUGGUCCAGUUUUAAAUUCUUCAGCUAAGGCAGAAGGGCAUUCUUUUCCUUUGUUAGUCAUUUCCUAAACUGUGCCUCAGCUGUGAUGUGUAAAUUCUGUUUGUCACUUUAUCCUUUUCUAAAGUAAUUAAGUCUUCUGUGGUUUGGGAAGAUUGUCCAGGUGCAGAUUCAACUUGCUAAAAGUAACAAUAAAUUAUAUAUAAACUUUGCUGCCCUUCCUCUUCCUCCCAGAUUUAUUUACCCUUGAUGAAAAAGCAACCAAAACAACUUGAGCUGUCCGUCAGCUUGAUUAUGACUCAACAGAUCCUCUUCCUCUGUAAAGCAGCUUUCUCCAUCUACAAAGUAACACAGCCAGAGAGUUAGUUUUCUGUGCAUACGCAAUGCCUUGCAACUCAGUAUGACUUUCAUCUCAACUGCCCAUCAGUUGCUGCACAGCCUACCAAGACCUCAUUGGAUUUGUCAUGCAUCCAUUUUAGGUCCACAAGGAGAAGCAUGAGUUCCACACAUCACCAACAAAUAGAAGAGAGUUGUUGCUGCAUCUACUACACUGUAUGUGACCGAAUAUAACUCAACCCCAGAAGCAGGUGAUCAAGAAUGUACUGUAUUUAUUUUAAAUUCAGCAUUUCAGUAUGUUUCAUUGCCUCAUAUUUAAAAUGGUAGUACAAUGUCAAUAUACCUUAUUCUUGUUACUGACCAUGCAAACUAAGUGACUUGCCAUGAGUGUUUUCUUUGAAAUUUUGUAAGUUUAGAAAAAAAUAAUUUUUAAGAGUAGGUUAUCAGUAAAAUCGGAAUGUCAUUUAUUUCCUUUGAAAAGUGGUUUCAGUUAAAAUGAUAAAGAUGCACAUAGCUAUGUAUUAUUGGGUAGCUCAAUGUGUACAUCAAUAAAGUGUCCUCUUGCA